CGAACAUUGAUUUUAUCCAAAUUCUUCUGUUUCACAAUCAAGUAUAGUAUUGUACAACUCAUAUACAUAUCAAAAGGUAUAAUCAAGUCACUAUUUGGAUUGAGGCAGUUUAAGGAUUAGAGAACAGGCGCGCAAGUAUAAAAAUGGCGCUCGUAGGGCCAAAGUGCUCGGUGGUCCUUCUUCUUCUCAGUGUUUGGGGGAUAUUGAUGCUCCUUCUUAUGGGUGUUUUUGCACGCGUAAACUCAGUCGCAUUCUCUGAAGACAUACCACUAAAUGAAACAGCUUGGGCUGCUAGUGGCUAUGCUCCCUUACAUGUGGAGGAAGCUUAUGUAAUGGUGUCAAAUAACUGUUUUAUAGCUGCUGGGAUCUACGUCGUCCUGCUAAUUUUUUCAGGUGUUCAAUACUAUUUCAAUAAACGAGCUAACUACUUAGCGCAUUAAAGCCAACUAUUCCAUUUACAUAUGCAUAAUAUUUACCAUUUUUGUAAAAUUCUUUCUAAAUUAGAUUGAUUGGUCUACGAAGCUUAGCCGACAAGUAAAGCCCUUAAUAUGUAAUUCUUAACCAAUAAACUGUCAAAUUGUACUAAUUAUGUAGAUUGCUAUCGUACUCGUUAAUUGUUUGAAAGAUUACUUACGAUAA